CUCAACGAGUGCAUUAUGUGACACGGGGGUCGCACUAUCCACGCUUAGCAUUCUGGUCUACUCUGGAUUUGUAGCUGAUGUUACUAUUACCCCAGAGGGCUUGCAGAGCAGGGUGUGCUGCAUGAGCGUCCGAUGCUUUGCGUUGAGUGAGCCCCGAACCCUGCCGACGAAUCUGGGUCAGGAAGACGAGCUUCUCCUCAAUGGGCAACACCAGCUUCUCCGAGGGGAAGACGGCCUUAACCCUGGGCAACACCACCAUAAAGAGGGGGAAGUCCAAGCUUGCCAUGGGGAACUCCUCCAUCACCAGGGGCAGGAGCACAACAUCUCUGGGCUCCUCCACCAUCACCAGUGGCAAGACCAAGAUUGCCCUGGGUGGUGCCUCUUUCAGCCGAGGCACCACCACCACCUCGUUUCGGAAAGCCCUCUUUCCCAAACGCAAGACGCUCUAGAUGAUGAUAGGGGACCUCAUCGCGGGUUGGGGGGACUGGCAGAAAAUGUCACAAGAAAACAGCACCAUGACAGAGAACAUAUGGACGCCACUACAGUAUCUGCACAGGCUCUAUUUGGACUGACAGCGAAAACUGGAUUAAAUUUACUUUGACUUUUUUUUUUUGGGCAACACCGGAUCUAUCAAGGAAACAGUCUUGGCAUAACCAGCAGGAUCAGAUGACUCAGGCGGAUUCCUCACUGGCCACAGCAUUGUGUAACACCAGCCAGUGGCGUGUUUAUCGUCCUGGACUGUCUGGAGGAGAUGUCCUGUCCUGUACUGGAUCGGCACAAACAGCCAAGAGAAUUAAAGCUUUGUGCUUUGAUGAAUAUUAGCCAAGAAUGAUCAUUUGGGGUCGAAGCCAAAUAGAGAAAAAAGCAAAAACAAAAAAGGACAUAAAAAUGUAACAACAGCAGGGUGUGUCUCUCUCUCUCUCUCUCUCUUUCCCACUUCCUCCCCCCCGUGAAUGAGCGUCUAGGCAAAGUGUCUCAUGGUCAGAGCAGGUGAAUAGGGUUCAGGGUGCAUGAUGGACAGUAAUGAUGUCGGGCUGAGAAAGCACUGAGAGUGUAAA